CUCUCUCUCCGUGCGUGUGUGUGUGUGUGUAUGUGUGCGUGCGUACUAACUACACCCUGUGUUUCAGAGGCGGUUCUUCCUCCAUCUCCUGCCUACCAACAUUGUGCACCUGGGCUGAUUAUCUCACCUGUGGGUUAUUUGAUUAUGAGCUGUCUCCUACUUAAGCUUGAUGAAGCAGUUCACUCAAGGCUGGAUUUUUAACUAAGAACUGUUAGUGGACUUGGCCCUCCUGUGGUUAAACAUUUAUGUCCUUUGACUCCUGCUCCCUUCUGCCCAGGAUAUUUGGGUGUUAGUAAUCCUCCCAGAGUGAUCUUGUGGCAAGGAGGAGUGAGGGCUUGAUUAAAAUGGUGUCUUCUUGAGACUGUAACUGGGAAGUUGUGGAUUACACUGGAUCUAUCGGUUGUCUCCAGUUGUUGAACCUUUAAGUGUAAACAAAAGCAGUGAACUUUGAAUCUGCAUUUCGAAUUCAUGUGAAAACAGAUAUGACUUAGAUAUGACAAACAGACAUAGUGUGCUAAGUUAGUUUCUUUGGUGACAUCCUGGAUGUUUCCUGCCUACUUUAAUGUCACAUUAGAAGAACUAAAACAUUUAAUUCUGAAUAUAGCAGCUGAUUUUUUUCAAAUUUUCCUUUUUUUAAGGAAGAUGAAAAGUGAGGAAACUGUGUCUGUCGGCCAAAAAACAAAGCAAAACAAAAAAAAACCCCAACGCUGGCAGGGAAACUGUCGGCAGGGUAAACCUACUAUUUUUUAUAAAAGGUUAAUGCUUAGCGUUGAAAUGCGAAACUUCGUCUGUCUCCAGCCUGAAAGAGUUAAAGAUUAGCUUGAGGGGAGAAAAUGACAGGACUGAAAAAAAGGGAAGAGCGUUGGAGGGCUUUAAGCAGAAAAGCGGUGGGGAUGUUACGUAAUGCCGUUGUCACGUGACCUCUAAAGCGGAACAACAAAGAAAACUUCGGGGUUCGUCUCCGAGAGGGCAGUAGAAGAGGGCUUCAGGAUGUCUGUACCUGGAAGUUUCGCGGUGCUCCGUGUCUUGUGGUUGCUAUCAGUGUUUGGCACGGUGCUCCCGCUGGACGGCGGCAUGCUCUUUCCCCGGGAGUCCACCUCCAGGGAGGUGAAGGAGCUGAACGGGCUGUGGGAUUUCAGGCCUGACGGGUCCCCCAACAGGAACGAGGGCUUCGAGAAGGCUUGGCACAAACGUCGGCUGGCAGAGUGGGUGAAUGGAGAGAAAGUGACAGAGCAUGAAGGUGGCCAUCUGCCUUUUGAGGCAGAGAUUAGUAGUUUAAUCCGCAGGGACCCAACGAAGCCAUGCAGAAUCACCAUUGCUGUAAACAACACUCUAACUUUGGAGACUCUUCCUCCAGGCACCAUCCAGUACAUGAAUGACCGUACCAGGUAUCCUGAUGGUUUUUUUGUGCAAAACAUCGACUUUGAUUUCUUCAACUAUGCUGGGAUACAUCGUCCUGUACUGUUGUAUACUACUCCUAAGGUGUAUGUGGAUGACAUCAUAGUGGAGACCAACUUCAUGGAUAACACUCUUGUCAGAUACAAAGUAUCUGUUCAAGGUGGCUUCAACAACACUCUGAACAUUACUCUAAUGGACAAAGAUGGCCACUUUGUGGCCUCCUCCAAUGGGUCAUCUGGAGGGCUUAAAGUGGUAGAUGUGAAGCUGUGGUGGCCGUACUUGAUGCACGAGAAUCCAGGUUACCUUUAUUCUAUGAAGGUCCACCUAAUAGCAGUCAGUGAGACAUCAACAUAUGAAGAUUUGUAUACUCUGCCAGUCGGCAUCCGCACAGUCAACGUUACCAAGACCCAGUUCCUCAUUAACAACAAGCCGUUUUAUUUCCAUGGUGUUAAUAAACAUGAGGACUCUGAUAUUCGAGGUAAAGGAUUGGACUGGCCCCUAAUUGUAAAGGACUUUAACUUAAUUAAGUGGUUGGGAGCCAACUCGUUCCGUACCAGCCACUACCCCUAUGCUGAGGAGAUCCUGCAGAUGUGUGACCGUCAUGGGAUUGUGGUGAUAGAUGAGUGCCCAGGUGUUGGCAUCAAAGACAUUUGUAUCUUUUGUGCCUUGCUGAUAGUCGCAGUUUUGCGAAACGCCUCUCUGUCUCACCACUUGGUUGUCAUGGACGAGCUUGUGCGCCGGGACAAGAACCAUCCCUCUGUGGUCAUGUGGUCGGUAGCCAAUGAGCCCGCCUCAGAGAUGCCUCCUGCUGAAUUUUAUUUCAAGACUUUGAUAAAGCAUACCAAAGCUCUGGACCAUACCCGACCUGUCACCUACAUCACAGACAGUAACUAUGCCAGGGACAAAGGGGCUCCCUUUGUAGAUGUUGUAUGUGUAAACAGUUACUUCUCCUGGUACCAUGAUCCAGGCCACUUGGAGGUCAUUCCUAUUCAGCUCAACGCUCAGUUUGAGAACUGGUAUGGAAAGUACAAGAAACCCAUAAUCCAGAGUGAAUAUGGAGCAGAUGCACUUCCAGGGCUUCACAUGGAUCCACCCAUGAUGUUCACUGAGGAGUACCAGAAUGCUCUCCUGCAGAGCUACCAUGAUGUGUUCGACCAGAAGAGGAAUCAGUAUUUCAUUGGUGAACUCAUCUGGAACUUUGCAGACUUCAUGACAUCACAAGGUACUGCAGCUUCAAAAUCAAGCAACCUGUAGAACCAGAACUGCUGCUGUUUUUCCUGUUUCUACAGUACUGAUAGUAUACAGUAUAGCCUAUGUUUUGUCUAAAGAUGAGAGCUCUUUUCCUCCUAGGUGAUAAUUUAUAUCAGGAGAUUAAAGGGAAACUCAAAAGGAAAUCUGGGCUAUAAAACAAAAUGGCAACAUAGUCAAGUUUCUAGAUGAACUUCUGUGGAAAGAAAUGACCCCUCUUGACAUUUUACACACACCAUUUGACACACACUACAACUACUGGAUUCUACACACUGUCACUUUAACCAAUUUAAAUCUGCACUGCACAAGUUUUUGCACAAAUUGUAAAUACCAAACAAUUGUCUUAAAUUAUCUUAAUAUUUAAUACUUAGUACUUGCAGCUUUAUUCAGUCACCUUAUUAUAUUCUGCCCUGUAACAAUGAUAUUUAAUUGUCUGUCUACAGCAAUCCAUCGUGUGGUGGGGAACAAGAAGGGUAUUUUUACCAGGCAAAGGCAGCCUAAAGCAGCAGCCUUCAUCUUGAGGAGGAGGUACUGGAGACUGGCUAAUGAGACGUGGAGACUGCCUCCUUGGACUAAAUACCCCUGUUCACUCUGAAACUUUGUUGAAGAUUGAUGCAGAAGACCCAUCAAGUCCCACCAUGGUGACAGGUGAUCCACUACUUGAUUCUGUGAGCACGGUAGCAGAACAGACUAAUCUUCUGCUGUCGCUUCUGAGGAUGCAGUAUGAUCAGUAGACUCCUGCUCUCACUAUUGUUCAUCUAAAGUGACCUUGGAGUCAUUUUCUAUACAUUGAGCCCUGUGCUGCUCAUUUAAAUCCAAAACCUGCUGCUAGUUCAGUCAUGGUGAUUAAGGAAUGUUUUUUUGUUUGUUUGUUUGUUGUUGUUGUUGUUUUUACAAAAAAGAAUGACCUCUAAGUUAAAAAAGGUUGUCUCUGAACCAUCUUUGAAUUAUAAGUACUUUAAAGCCUUGUAUACACUGCAAGCAAUUUGCUCAUCGCGCAUCGCUUUGAAGCUAAAGGCUCUAUGCUUUUGGACAUUCCAGAUUCAGGUUACCUAGGUGAUCCCCUUUGUAUUUACUAAAAGGUCAGAUGUCAAUCAGUGCAUUUCUUCACUCUCAUUGGUAGUUGCUUCAGUCUCUCGCCCGAAAGUUCAGAAAACAAAGUGGCUAUCACCUGCGAAAAAUAGGUGAUAGCCAUUUUUUUUUUUUUU